AUGGGGUGCCCCACAAAUGAACCCGUCCCUGUUCCCCAUGAGUGGCACCAGCCAGGAGGCCUCAUCAUUGGUGGAAUUGCUUCUCAGAUCAUUUACCAUUCUCUGGAAAUUGACUUCAAAGAACCGCCUUCUCAGAAACUGUUUCAAGAUCCAGAAAUGAUAACGAAAUUUUACCAGCACAUCCUUUCCUUGGCAUUUGCUGUGGAUGAGAUCAACAAGAACCCCACACUCUUGCCCAAUGUUACACUUGGCUUCCACAUCUAUGACAGCUACUAUGAUGCAAUGGCAACUUAUCGUACCACCUUAGACCUCCUCUUCAAGUCACAUAAAUUUGUUCCCAAUUACAUAUGUGACCCACGGAAAAAGGUUAUAGCUGUCAUUGGUGGUCUUGGCUCUGAUAUUUCUUCCUUAAUGGCAGACAUUUUAGGUUUCUAUAAGAUUCCACAGCUUACGUAUGGCUCAUUUCCCCACAAGGAUAUGCUUAUCAGUCAGUUUCCCUCCCUUUAUUGCAUGGUUCCAAAUGAAAGACUUCAAUAUAUGGGGAUUGUCCAGUUACUUCAGUAUUUUGGAUGGACAUGGGUAGGACUUAUUCCUGUGGAUAACAACAGUGGGGAACUUUUCUUACAGACCCUGGAGCCUUUGCUUUCCCAGCACGAAAUCUGUUCAGCCUUCACACAAAGAAUCCCACAAAUUUCUCAUUUUGAUAACUUGGAUAAACUAACUGAUAUAGUCGCAAAUCUUCAUCUACAUUUCGCAGAUAAUAACGUGACUGCACUUCUUGUUUAUGGAGAAUCAUUAACGAUUUCAUGGCUCAAAACUAUUAUUCUUUUUUAUGUUUUUCGAAAAACAGAAAAUGCAUCAUUUAGCAAGGUGUGGAUUACGACAACCCAGAUUGAUUUCAUAUUAACAGGCCUUCAAAGGGGGUGGGGACUCCAGCAGUUUCAUGGUGCCAUUUCCUUUGCAAUUCACUCAAAAGAGCUUUUGGGAUUCCAAGAAUUUCUUCAGCACAUAAGACCCUAUGGGAUGCAGAAAGAUGCUUUUUUCAAUGACUUUUGGGAGCAAGCAUUUGACUGUGAACUUCAAGAUCCCAGUGAGGCAAUGGAGGUUGAUAGGGCAUGUACUGGGGAGGAAAAGAUGGAGAAUCUUCCUGCACCCUCUUAUGAAGUGCCCAUGACUGGCCAAAGCUAUAGUAUCUACAAUGGGGUUUAUGCUGUGGCUCAUGCAUUGCAUGCAAUGGUCUCUUCUCAAUCCUGCCAAAGAGGGUUCAUUUCAAGGGUUAACCAACUGGUUCUUCAAGAUCUGCAGCCUUGGCAGCUCCAUCCUUUUCUUCAAGGCAAUUCCUUUAACAAUUCAGCUGGAGAAACUGUGUCCUUUAAUGAUAAGCGGGAAACAGAGGGUGGAUUUGACAUCAUGAAUAUUAUAAUAUUUCCAAAUGAGUCCUACCAGAAAGUGAAAGUUGGUAGGAUGGAUCCCAAUGCACCUGAAGGAAGAGAAUUAAUCAUUAAUGAAUAUAUAAUUGUGUGGUACGAAGAUUUAAACAAGACUCUCCCCCUUUCUGUGUGCAAUGACCACUGCCAGCCUGGUAGUCAGAAGAAAAGGAAGGAAGCAGAAAAGUUUUGCUGCUAUGAUUGCAUUCCUUGUGCAGAAGGGAAGAUUUCGAACAAGAAGGAUGUGGCUGACUGCUUCCAGUGCCCAGAAGAUGAAUUUCCAAACAAGGACAGAACUGAAUGCAUCACUAAAGUUAUAAGUUUUCUGUCUUUUGAUGAACCCUUAGGGAUCACUUUGACCUCAGUUGCUCUCUUUUUUUGCCUGAUCACAGCCAUGGUGCUAGGAAUUUUUAUUAGGCACAAAGACACACCCAUUGUCAAGGCCAAUAACAGGGACCUCACUUACACGCUCCUGGUCUCCCUCCUGCUCUGCUUCCACUCUUCUUUACUGUUCCUCGGACAACCAGGGAAGAUCUCCUGCCUCCUCCGACAACCCACUUUUGGCACCAUCUUCUCAGUGGCUGUUUCAUGUGUGCUGGCAAAAACCAUCACCGUAGUUCUAGCUUUCAUGGCCACCAAACCUGGGUCCAGCAUGAGGAAAUGGGUGGGCAAAGGACUAUCCAAUUCUAUUGUCUUUUGUUUUGCUCUUAUUCAAGCAUGUAUUUGUAUUGUGUGGUUAGCAACAUCUCCCCCAUUCCCUGAUUUCGACCUUCACUCAGCAACUGAAGAAAUCAUUCUGCAAUGUAAUGAAGGGUCAGUUGCCAUGUUUUACUGUGUCCUUGGUUACAUGGGCCUCUUGGCCAUUGCCAGCUUCACUGUGGCAUUCCUAGCCCGCAAGUUACCGGAUAGUUUUAAUGAAGCCAAGUUCAUUACAUUUAGCAUGUUGGCCUUUUGCAGUGUGUGGGUGUCCUUUGUUCCAACUUAUAUGAGCACAAAAGGAAAAAACAUGGUGGCUGUGGAGAUCUUCUCUAUCUUGGCCUCUAGCGCUGGUUUAUUGGGUUGCAUCUUCUCCCCUAAAUGUUACAUUAUUGUGCUGAAGCCUGAAUUGAACAACAGGGAGCAAAUAGUAAGGAGAAAGAUUUAUCUCUUUCAAGGGGUCCUUUCUGAUGUUCAGCUCGUAUCUUCUGGUCCAGGAACAGUGAGGCCUGGAGAGAACCUCCGUCUGCUCUGUAAAGUUACUGGUGUCUCCAUCACUGAUUCAAAUUCUGUGUGGAACUGGAUCCGUCAGCCUUCUGGCAAAGUUCUGGAGUGGAUUGCAAGAAUAUACUCCCAUGAUGGGGGGAAAUGGUUUGCUGCUUCUCUUCAGAGUCGUGUGACCAUUUCUUCAGACAACUCCAAGAAUGAGUUUUCCCUCCAACUGAACUCCCUGACAGCUGCUGACACCGCUGUGUAUUUCUGUGCCCGAGAACCACACAGUGAGACAAGGCCGAUUGGGCAUUUGUACAAAAAAGAGGAAAUUCAGUCUGAACACAAGUUUCUGUCUCUACUCCGUGCCACCUCCAACACAGAGAAAUUUAUACCCAUCUUGCAAAGAGAGAAAGCAGAUGUCUUUAACAUUCAGGCCUAUUCAGGAUGA